AAAGGUAUUGGUGGUGAUAUUGUGUGCCGUGCCCCCAGUCACAAGAGGCAGCACCGUUGACCCCUCUUUUACUCUCUCGGCGAAGGUACCCGAACCCACCACCACUCCACCAGCUCCACCCACCCACGGCCGUCGGCUCUUGAUGCAGUUGCCUUCACUUCGCUACUGAAGCGUUAGCACUCAGCCCCCGUCGUCCCUCCCUCACCAUCUCCGACGACCCAACCGCAAGUGUCCGAAUCAACCAGGCCCAUCUCGGCCUCCCUCGCGCGCGACCAGGAAGCUAGGUGACCCGAACUUAGCUCUCACCACCAUCUGACCACCCUUGGGCCACCUCACCUCGCCUGUUCACACACCAAACCCAGACCAAAGCAGUUUUUCUAUACCCUACGUGUCCUACGUCUUAGAGUCGCUGCUCACGGUGGUGGAUUUGUCCUCUUUAUGGUCGGCGACGGAGACUUCUCUACUUUCCUUCAACGACUUUUGCUUUAUAUAUACCUUGGAUACAAAGUGGAUCUGCUUUUUGGUUUCUUGUUUCGGGUUGGUGUUGGGAACCGGUGUGAGUUGUUAAGGGAUACAAGGUACAACCUUAAUGUUGUUUUAUGUUUAUAAAGAUUGAGUGCUGCAGAGGACCGCUUGGCAGCUGUUUUUGGCUGAUUUAGAACAGGCUGGCCGAGAUUAACUUGUUGGAAAAUCUUUAGUGGUCAACCAUCAGAAAUUGAAGACUAAAAUAAAUUAAAAGAGGGAACCUCCUGCUCCUGGGCUUCUCGAUCGAGUUCAGGACUCCUCAACCACUGUUCUUUCUCCAUUUUUCUCUUCUCGUCUAUCUCCAGACUUUUCAGAGCUUAGAAUUUCAAUCAGCGAACGAGGUAAUUACAGAGAAAAAGACCGCGAAAGGGUUCAAGCCAAUGCAGUUCCAAAGCCCAAGAAUCCCUAGAAAGGAAGACAUUGAUGUUAUUAGCUAUUAACUAAACCUUUUGAAGAUCAAGAAGUGAAUGAGAAAAUGUCCGAAAGAGAUGUUAUUUUGUCACAAACCCAUGAAAAUUGUUCUAGUUCCUUCUUCCGAACACCUAAGAUUCUCCUUCAAUCCCUCCAAAUUUUCCUUCUAAACAAACAAAUUUUCUUUUCCAUUUUUGCCCUCAUCACCCUCCCUCUCUCCUUCCUCCUCUUCUCCCUAUCCCUCUCCUCCCACCCCUUGAAGUCCCGAAUCUACCACCUCGAAUACCUCGCCAGCCUCGCCGCCACACACUUCGAGGCUCGACACGUGUGGAAGGACUCCCGCGAAGACGCCGUCUCGAUCUUCCGCACAAAAAUCCUCUUCUUUCCCCUUAGUUAUGCUCUCUCCUUACUCGUCGCCGUCUCCGUCGUAAACUCCGUCACCAUCGCCGUCAACGGAAAGCGCCCCACUCUCCACUCCGCCGUCACCGCAUUCAAGCUAACGUGGAAAAGACCCCUCGUGACCUCCAUACUCGUCUACGCUCUCCUCCUCGCCUACGUCCAAGUACCACGAACGCUCUCCGCCGUGUUCCCUUCCCCGGCGCCGAGUCUCUUCAUCCUCCUCGUCGGAUCGGUCGUGGAGGUUUACCUAAUGGCGGUGAUGAGUUUGGGGAUGGUGGUCUCGAUUGCAGAGGAUAGGUUCGGUUGGGAUGCGAUUCGGGUGGGGUCGGGUCUUAUGGGUGGGCGAAGGGUAUCCGGGUGGGUUUUAACGGGCGGGUUUGUUUUAGUAACUGGGCUUAUAGCGAGGGAGGUGGAGAAGAUGGUGGACGAUCAAGAUCCGUUUGGGAAACCAUCAUCGACGGUGGUGAUGGUGGCGAGAGGUGUGGUGGACAAAGUGGGUCUGGUUGGGUUAUAUGGGGCGGUGGUGCUAUGGGGUUAUGUUGUUACCACUGUUUUUUACUGCGACUGUAGAAGACACUACGGUAAUAAGAGUGAAAAUGAUAAUAAUGUCACACUUGCAGUUUAGUGCCUGAUUGGUUCACGAUUUGAAAAUUGUAUUUUUGAAAAGUGCGAUUUUGAAAUAAAAAUUUGAAUUCAUUGUCUGGAAACAUGUUUCUGAAAAUGUGAUUGGUUGCACUUUGUUAGC